GCCUGCGUGGAGUCGCGGUCAGGCGUGCUGAGGGGGCGUGCGGGCGCCGGGCGCUGAGUGGCGACUCGGGCGCGGCAGGUUGGCCCGAGGCCGGGCGGCGGGCCUUCACCAUGCCGGGGAUGGUGCUCUUCGGCCGGCGCUGGGCCAUCGCCAGCGACGACUUAGUGUUUCCGGGGUUCCUCGAGCUGUUCCUGCGAGUGCUGUGGUGGAUUGGCAUUCUGACUCUGUACCUCAUGUACAGAGGGAAGCUGAACUGUGCUGGUGGAGCCCUGCUUAGCAGUUACCUGAUCGUUCUCCUUGUUCUCCUGGCAGUUAUUAUAUGCACCGUGUUGGCCAUCGUGUGUGUCAGCAUGAAAGGAACCAUUUGUAAUCCUGGACCACGGAAAUCUAUGUCUAAGCUGCUUUACAUCCGCCUAACGCUCUUUCUGCCAGAGAUGGUCUGGGCUUCUCUGGGGGCCUCCUGGAUUGCAGAUGGUGUUCAGUGUGACAGGGCAAUUGUGAAUGGUGUCAUUGCAACCGUCGUUGUCAGUUGGAUUAUCAUCCUCUCCACUGUGGUCACCAUUAUCAUUGUCUUCGACCCCUUGGGGGGGAAAAUGGCUCCGGAUUCCUCUGCUGUUCCCAACCACCUGGACAGUCAGGAGUCCAGUCAGUUACUUACCGGCCUCAAGACAGCAGCCACGAGUGUGUGGGAGACCAGAAUGAAGUUCUUGUGCUGUUGCAUCGGGAAUGACGACCACACUCGAGUUGCUUUUUCGAGUACGGCAGAGCUUUUCUCAACCUACUUUUCAGACACAGAUCUGGUGCCCAGUGACAUUGCAGCAGGCCUCACCCUUCUCCAUCAGCAGCAGGACAGCAUCAGGAAUACCCGGGAGCCUGAGGAGGGGAUCAGCCGUUCCCCAGGGUCCUCCCAGGAAGCUGAUUUGGAUGCAGAAUUAGAAAACUGCCAUCAUUACAUGCAGUUUGCAGCCGCUGCCUAUGGGUGGCCUCUCUACAUUUACAGAAACCCGUUCACAGGGCUGUGCAGGAUUGGUGGUGACUGUUGCAGAAGCAGGACAACAGAAUAUGACUUGGUUGGAGGUGAUCAGCUCAACUGUCAUUUUGGCUCCAUCCUGCAAACAACAGGGCUGCAGUACGGGGACUUUGUUCACAUCAGCUUUCAUGACAAGGUAUACGAGCUUCCCUUUCUAGUGGCUCUGGAUCACAGGAAAGAAGCUGUUGUGGUCGCUGUGAGAGGGACCAUGUCUCUGCAGGACAUCCUUACGGACCUGUCAGCAGAGAGCGAGACUCUGGACUUAGAGUGCGAGGUGAAAGACUGUUUGGCACAUAAGGGGAUUUCUCAAGCUGCCAGAUACGUGUACCGACGACUCAUCAAUGAUGGGAUUUUGAGCCAAGCCUUCAGCCUUGCUCCUGAAUACCGGCUUGUCAUCGUGGGGCACAGCCUGGGAGCCGGCGCUGCAGCUCUGCUGUCCAUCAUGCUCAGAAAGUCCCACCCAGAAGUCCGGUGCUACGCCUUCUCCCCACCCAGAGGUCUUCUGAGCAAAUCCCUUUAUGAAUACUCCAAGAACUUCACUGUGUCAAUUGUCCUGGGCAAGGAUGUGAUUCCCCGGUUAAGUGUGACCACCUUCGAAGAUUUGAAGAAGAGAAUCUUGCGAGUGAUUGCUCACUGUAAUAAGCCCAAGUACAAGAUUCUGCUGUACGGAUGCUGGUAUGAGCUGUUCGGAGGGGACCCUGAUAACUUUCCGACAGAGCUGGACGGAGGCGACCAGAGAGACCUGACACAGCCUCUUCUAGGGGAGCAGAGUCUGCUGACACACGGGUCCCCAGCAUACAGCUUCUCCAGUGACUCCCCGCUGGAGUCCCCCAGCAAAUACCCACCUCUCUACCCUCCUGGCAGGAUCAUCCACCUGGAGGAAGAGGGCACUUCAGGGAGAUUUUCCUGUUAUACUGCUCAGUAUACCGCAAAGUGGUCACACGAGUCCGAAUUCAACAAAAUACUCAUCGGCCCCAAGAUGCUCACAGACCACAUGCCAGACAUUCUCAUGAGAGCUUUGGACAGUGUGGUGGCCAACAGGGCCGCCUGCAUGUCCUGUCCAGCCCCUGGGGGCGCUCAUGUGGACAUGGUGUAGCCCGAUUCCGGACACUGGGCUGGGAUUCACACCACUGUUCUUAGUGUGACUUGCGGUCCGCGGGAACCCCACGCCACCAGUGUGGUGGUAGGAAUCCGACAGGCACUGAAUCUGAGAGUCUGAACGAGUAAUCUGAGAAACAAUUUUGAUCAUAGUAUUAGCAGAAUCAAGAGUCAGGAGAGCAUUGAGAUGACGGGAUGAAUGAAUGUGCAAAGUGUCAGCUCAGCAACACUCCUUCCCCUGCGGCCUGCUGAUUCCUUGGCUUCUGAGAACUGCCCAGGAAAGGGGGCCCCAGCAGCCAAGUUUAAGACUCUACUGGAUCUAUAGACUCCCACCCCUCAGGCCAUGUUCACCGACAGGGUCUCUGCCUGUGUAGAUGAGUCUGAACUUGGCAGACAGCUUUGCAGUUUAUUUCGCAAACUGGAUUUUCCUGGCAACACAAACUCAGUCCUUAGCUGUGAGGGUGCAGACUGGGCUUUGCUCCUGGUGGCACUAAGAUCAGCCCUGAGCUGCAACUGGGAAUCAAGUCAGAACCAGGUCAGGAAAGUGAUGGGAGACCAGCUCCUGCCCUCCCACCAAAGCUCCUGUUUACACCAUGUAGCUGGCUCACCAGCGUCCGGGUGAUAGAAACACCCCUCUGGAUCUUGGAGAUGGGCCAGUGGGUUCAGAGGGAAUCUAAAAAGUAAAGCACUUACACGUGUCAUUAGUGUCUGUAUAGUGAUGUACUCUUCUGGAAGUUUCCAGGAGAGUCUGUUUUACUGGGCGCUUUUAUAGCAAUCAUCUUUUAACCUUUUGUUUUUCUGUCCACUAUAAACAAAAUGAAGCCUUGAGUUUUCUUGGCCCUCUGGCUAAAGAUGGAAGGUUGUACAGACAUCUGAUUUCACCCCACUACCCAAUGCACGAAGCCCCGUAAGAUGACAGUAAAGGGAUUUCUCUAAAAAGCAUAAACCCGGGGCAGCCAGUUAGCUCAUUUGGUUAGAGCACGAUGCUCGUAACACCAGGGUCGCUGGUUUGAUCCCCACAUGGGCCACUGUGAGCUGUGCCCUCCAUAAGUAGAUUGAAACAACUACUUCACUUGGAGCUGAUGAGUCCUGGGAAAAAACACUUAAAUGAAAGUUAAAAAAAAAAAAAACCCACAAAAACAUAAACUCACAAGGAUGCGGAAAAUGAGAUGGGAACGAUCAGAAGGCUAGAGGUAAACAGAAGCCUGUGUGAAGUGGGCAAGGAAAGAACCCGCUUUACAACCUAGAUUCCCCAUGCACCUUCAAUGCAGGAGGACAGCAGAUGGGACUGUCCAAAAUGAGGGGCUUUACUUGAAAGCCGUAAGAACCUGGCCCUCCAUUUGCUUUGGCAUGGGGUCAGGAGGGCCAGACAUCAGCCCAGUUGAGGGCUAGGCAAUGACAUUCCUCACCUUCUCCCACUGGGCUCCUAGGACCUUUGAGGAGAAACCCUCAGGAAAAUCUGACCUCUAGAGGUACCUCCCCUCAGGACCUCAGCUGUCACAGCCAGACCACCUUAGCUUCUGAAAACCUGCAAAGGACUCAAAACUUCCAUUGAAAUGCCAUGGUAAUGUCCGAUUGCUACAAGUUUCAUUUUUAACCAAUUCCUAUACAUUCUUAGGGCACAAAGGUUAAGAGAUCACAGACACAGUGCCCUACUGUGACACACCUGUGCUCAGCUUCCAGUCUGCUUUUGAGGUUCUCAACCUUUAAGCACAAGCUAAGGAUUGCCAGACACUUGAGGAACUAAGAGGCCAGACACUUGGAACAGGGGCCAAGAGAAACAGAUGUGGGAGAAGCUUCCAGCAACCCCAGCUACAGCUUGGGAACAGACAGUGCUGUAACCACAACACUGACCCAUGAGGCUGAAAAGUGGUGUUUACAGAAUAAAAAAAGGACGCCUGAAAAUUAAAAGCAUGGAAGAUGAAAUCAACAGAAAUGGAUCCCUGAAUAAUGGGAGACGUGAGUUUCCAGAUGGAAAGAGCCCAAAGAGCACAAGGGAUAAAAACCAGGACACAGAAGACAAAGGGAAAAUCCCAUGAGACUUGUAAAUGAAAGCACUCCCCCUGCAACGGAAAUGGCCGAGGAAGACAGUGGGAGAACCACCUGCAAACAUCUGAAAUGACUUUGAACCUGAGAUUUUAGACCCAGCCAGAAAGUAUCAGGGUAGAAUGAAGUUCUUUUUAAAGAUGUAAGGGCUCAAAAACAGAUUUCCCACACACUCUUCCUCAGGAAGCUCUUGGAAAAUCUGUUCAUCAAAAUGAGGAAGUAAAUUUAAAAACAAGGAGUCAGGUGUAGGCACAAGAUCAACACCUAAGAGAAAGGUGGUCAGAGGAUUUGGAGACUAUGAAAAUGAAAACUGAUGAAACACUAUCUGAACAUCUUGAGAGACUUAGACAACAGCUGGAAACAAAGUUAAAUUAACCAAUUCUGCCUGUGUGGUGAAGCUUCCAUACAAACUCAAAGGAUGGGGUCCUGAGAGCUUCCAGGUGAGCGAACACGUGGAGAUUUGGGGAGAGGACAUGGGAGCGCCGCGCCCUUUCCCCACACCUGGCCCCACGCAUCUUCCAUCUGGCUGUUCCUGAGUUAGAUCCUUUUAUAAUAAGCUGGUGAUCUAGUAAGUAAAAAAAAAGAAUGCAUAUGAUUGACAUGCGGAGACAAAUCCAAAAUUAGAAGAACUCAAAAAAAGUAGUUUCUUCUGAGGAGGAUGUAAAAGGGGACGAUUGCUGUUUUUGUAGAAACCUUAAGGAUGAUUUGGUCUUUAAACAGCUUAUUUACCUUUGGUUUAAAACACUAAUUUUCUUCAAAACAAUAAAAACAAUUUAGAAAAUGGAUUCUAGCAUGAACUAUUUAUAGCACAAUUUCAGGCUAUCAAGGAGGGAUCUUAAAGUCCUGUUGUCAGCUUCUGCCCUACCAAGAUGCCAACUCGGGUCCCAGCAUCUCUUUCAGCCCAGAGCCCUGGCCGAGAUGGACGUCACAUUGAGUCUCACCAAUAUUCAACAGGUAUGAAACCAAACACCAUCCCCCAUUGUUUGCCGACUCAUCCAUCUUCUCCCCCUGAAGGGGCCACUUACACCCUGUCCCCCAGCUGGAAAACACAUUAAAAAUGAACUUCAACAACCCAGUAUUUUCAAGUGAGGCCAACAUACAUUUGUUCACGAAGCUUUUAAGAAGUCACUAUUACCAGUCAUAUGAUUCAAGGAUUUAUUAAUUCAUACAUGCAAAACAUACUGCUAAUUGCAUUAGCAAAAGAUCAAUGUAAAAACACUCCACAAUCCUGCAACUGUCAAUUUAAAAAAUUUUCUUGUGGUUGAAAGGUCCAACCUUGUAUGCUUGCCAGUGGGUAAGUUGUAGGGAACUCCAUUAGCACGAGCACGGGGCUUACACAACCCCACAGACCCAAGGGAACACUGUUAGAGCCACGGGAAGCGUGCCCGCGCGGGCAUGGUAGGAGUGUCAGCGUUAGGGGACAGGUCGGUGAUCUGGCAAGACAG